AUGCCUUCCAUCGCCAACAAGUCUGUUCUUGUGAUCGGAGGGUCGUCAGGUAUUGGCUACGCGGUUGCAGAAAAAUGCCUUGCAGAGGGUGCGAAGGUCCACAUCGCGUCAUCUUCCUCCUCGCGCGUCAAUGCAAGUGUCUCCUCCUUGAAAGAGCAAUUCCCCAAUGGUGAAAUUUCCGGUCAUGUUUGUGAUCUUGCCGAUCAAAAGGUGGAGCAAAAUCUCGAAAAGCUCCUAGAAGCUAUAAAGCCCCUUGAUCAUAUUGUAUUCACCGCCGGUGAUGCACUUGCCCUCACACCAUUGGAUAAAAUCGAUCUCGAGGCCAUCCAAAAAGCUGGGCACAUCCGUUUCGCUGUUCCUUUGCUGGUUGCCAAGCUCGCGCCCCGUUUCUUGAAUCCUAGCUUCCAAUCUUCUUUUACCCUGACUACUGGGGUUGGCUCGCAAAAGCCAUUCCCCAACUGGUCUUUGAUCUCUGGUUAUCUGUCGGGACUUCAUGGGAUGACCCGCAACCUUGCUCUCGAUCUGAAGCCAUUGCGAGUCAACUUGGUGAGCCCUGGCGUUGUUGAUACACCUCUCUGGGGCCCCAAUGGGGUUCCAGAAGAAAUGAGCCAACAUACAACCUUAGGAAAGGUUGGCACUCCUGAAGAAGUCGCAGAGGCAUAUUUAUACCUGAUGAAAGACACAAACGCCACUGGCAGCUGUAUCAGCACCAAUGGAGGAUCGCUUUUGCUGUAA